UUGAAAGAGUCGGGUGUAUCAGAGAUAAUUAUAUCGUGUUUACCAUGCAUCAGUGAUAUCAAUUUCAGGAAUGAUCUUAAUUACUUGAUGAAUGCGACAUCGCCAGGAUAUUAUGGAACCAAUCCAUACUACUGGAAGAGUGAUGUGUCGCGUGCGGUAGAUGAAUAUAAUUCUCUGAGUGAAGACGAAAGAGAAGGUUGGAUCAAAAAUAAACAAGCCGAAUUGAGAGAUGAUAUUCGAGUCAUUGAAGCUUUGAGAACACAAGAAACCGAAAUUAAUCUUAAUAAAUUUCUAUGCAACAUUCUUUCUCGAUAA